AUGAAUAAGUUAUUGGACUUCGGGAAGAAAUUUAUGUUUUAUGCCAGGGUACUUUCUGGAUAUGAAGAGCGAAGAAUCCGGAAUUUUAGGCUGCAGCUUGAACAACGUGUACAACAGGCACAAGCAAAGAAAGCCGCCAUAAAUAAAGUACCCGAGCAGAUCAUUUUAUCUGAAGUUCGUCGUAUGGUUGAAGAGAUGCAAGCUUUGAAUAAGAAGCUGGAAGAAACAGAGGUAGCCAUUGAGGAAUACUUCAAGCCUCUUGACAAGGAGGCGGAGUUUUUAAUGAAAAUGCAACUACAAGGUGAAGAGAAAACAUCGGAGAUGAUGAUGAAAACACUACAGGAACAAGCUAUGCGUCGACAAGCUGAAGCAGAAAAAAAUACAAGUGUGCCUCAAACAGAAAAUGUCGAAACCAACCAGAAGGAAUCUGAGACUCCGGUGAAAGCAUGUAUAGGAGAGGAAGAAAAAACUUUGAAGGACAAUAUGCAUUAA